AUGAACUUGCGCUCCAGCGAAAUCACACAGGCCGCAACAACGCCAGACGAUCCAACUCCUUGCGACCAGAGAACCAUGCAAGCCCCCCAUCACCGCAAAAUUGAACUCCAAUCCACCGCCGACCUCGCCUACCUCUACACCAACACCCUCAACCUCUCCCGCCAGAAACUAGACCUCCACUUCCCCCCCUCCGCCAACAAUGACGCUGACGACCCCAUGAAAGCGCGCGUCCGCGAACUCGUCGACGACUUCAUCACCAAAACAUUCACAUCCGCCAUCCCCUCCAUCAGCAUCAACGGUCUCGACACAUCCUCCGCCGCAGCGAUAUCAAAACAAACGCAGCUAGCCGACUUCUUGUCCACACGUGAACAGGUCGAAUACGAACCGUACGACGCGCAUCUAGCCUCUAGAGUCACAAGUUUAUACGCGCAGUUGGAAUCCCUUACGACCACGGUAGCGCAGCUGCGGAGAGAUGCACCGGUCAGCGCGGCGAAGAAGUACGCAGAGAUGCUGCGAGAUGCGCUGGAAGAAGAUGAUAAAGAAGCAGAGGACGAUGCUGCGGAUCUUGAGGCGCUGAUUCGUGAGGCUCAGGGAUCGGAUGGGAAGGGGUUGGAUUGGGCGCGUAUCCAGCAGCAGCGGCCCGAGUGGAUAUUAGAUGUACCGUUUGGCAAUGAGCGGGAGCGGGAGAGGUGGCGCAAUGGAGAGAUCGGCGAGACAUACGCAGAUGGAUUGAGCAUGCUAGUGCGACUGCAAGGCGAGGCCACUCUCAGCAAAGACGGCGAUGAUGGAGAUGCGGGCAGCAGCAAGGGCCUUGCGGCGACUGCAGGGAAGGUUGAAAGGGCAAGACGGGCUGCGGAGGUUGUUGAGAAAAUGUGA